CGGAUAUUGUUGUGGUGUAAAGGUCACGACUUUCCAAGAUGGCGGCCCUCCAAUCAGUUGUUCGCAAAGCGGCAUUUCAUUUGAUGAAAAAGCAGGUUGCAGCCUGCUGUGUUCCGGUGCGGUGGUUAAACCUGCAAGAAUACCAGAGCAAGCGACUUAUGGCAGAUGCUGGAAUUAACGUCCAGAAGUUCAAGUUGGCUGAGGACUUGCAUGAAGCAGAGGUCAUUGCUGCUGCUAAAGACUUUAAGGUGGAUGAGUAUGUAAUCAAGGCUCAAAUCCUGGCCGGAGGACGGGGAAAGGGAACGUUCGACAAUGGAUUCAAAGGAGGCGUUCAUCUAACCAAAAAUCCAGCAGAUGUCCCCAGUCUGGUUGAAAAGAUGAUUGGACACAAGUUGGUCACAAAACAGACGGGGAAGCAAGGUGUCAUGGUCAAGAGCGUAAUGGUAGCAGAGGCAUUGAACAUUGAGCGCGAGACAUACCUUGCGAUCCUCAUGGACCGGGAGGCUGUCGGCCCAGUUCUGGUUGGAAGCCCCCAGGGAGGUAUGGAUAUAGAGGAGGUUGCUCGCUCAUCGCCAGAUGCCAUCUUCAAGGAGUACGUCGAUAUUGUGGAGGGAAUUCGUGACGAUCAGGCCAACAGAAUGGCAACAAAUCUUGGCUUCCUGGGUGAUAAACAUAAACAGGCAUCAGAUCAGAUUAAGAAAUUAUACGAAUUAUUCAUCAAAGUGGAUGCAACACAAGUGGAGAUCAAUCCUUUUGGGGAGACAGAUGAUGGCCGAGUUGUAUGUUUCGAUGCCAAAUUCAAUUUUGACGACAAUGCCGCGUUCCGACAAGAAUCUAUCUUUGAACUCGACGACAUGAUGGAGAAUGACCACAGGGAAAGGGAGGCUGCCAAAUGGGACCUUAACUACAUUGGCAUGGAUGGAAACAUCGGAUGCCUAGUCAAUGGAGCAGGUUUGGCAAUGGCUACCAUGGACAUUGUCAAACUGCAUGGUGGAGAACCUGCUAAUUUUCUUGACGUCGGUGGUAAUGUGAAUGAGGAGCAGGUGUUACACGCAUUUAGGAUUUUAAGUCGAGAUUCAAAAGUUAAGGCAAUCCUGGUAAACAUAUUUGGCGGCAUUGUCAACUGCGAAACGAUAGCAAAAGGCAUCCGGAAUGCCUGUCGGAAUAUAGAACUGAAAAUCCCCCUGGUGGUCAGAUUAGAAGGGACCAAUGUUGAUUCUGCCAAACGCAUUUUACGCACAAGUGGCCUUCCCAUCACACCUGCUGAUGACUUUGCAGAUGCGGCCGAGAAAGCAGUCCAGAGUUUGAAACAGUAACCAUGGAAGCAGACAAUAUACAUGUAUGCAAAAGGGUCCGAAUGAGUAGCUAUCCAGCAUGCCUACCACAGUAAGCUGCAGGCAGGGUUUAGGCUCAAGCAAUAUGAUAUGAUUUUGAUAUCGAUUAUCCAAAUUUUAUAUAGUGCACCUUUCAACAAAGAGUGUGUGCUCAGCUGUGCUUUGACAUUCUAUUCAGCUAUCGGCCUGUACAUUGUGGUUUGUAGCUUAUGCAAGUCCGCUGUGCAUGUAUUCAGUACUCAAGUUUGACAUUCACUUUGUGCAAUCUGUUCCUGCUGGGUAUAUAUUAUAUGAUUGAGGGGCUGUAAUAACAGAUUAUGACCUUUUGGCAGCAAGUGAUCCGGUACUUGUUAUUCCUUGGAGUACAACAGGAUCAAGUUCUGUGAUAUUGUAUAACUUCAGAAAUCAUGUAAUAUUGUUGAGUUUUAGAAACUGAAAAUCAUUUCUCAAUCAAUUGGUUUCUGAUUCCGGUUUGCAAGAACAGAUAUUCCAGUUUCUAAUUCCAGAUAACCAACUUGUAUUUGAUAUAAGCUACCUCAGUAUAGGCUUGUAUAUAUCUUGAUACUUGGUAUGGUACAGUGUGAUCAUGUGACAGUGCCUGUUCCCUGGCCUGGUCACAUUCGUGUUGAGGGGACAAGGAGACACUUUUAAAUUGUGUUUAUUUUAAUUGAUAACAGGACUUGUGAUUUUAAAUGAUAACAUUUCUAAAUAAUGAUGUGUCUUGAAGUUAUGCAUGUGUAUUGAAAACUUUCAAAUGAUUUUAAAGAAAUACACCUGCUACUCUUAAUCCAUGUUUGACAAAUCUGUAAAUACACUGUCGAUGUGUUUAAGCUGGUGAGGGGAGGAGCUGUGGUAUUGGCCUGUUUUUCUUAAAGGGCCUAUGUUAAAGAGACGUGCUUCCACCUGCUUGUCAAGGUCAACACAGUGUAUACACGUAGGGUGAGGCCGUGAAGUGCAUCACUGUAUAGCAGUUACCAUGAUUACCUAUCACUGAAGUUGAAUGGAAGUGCCAAAAGAGGUGAUUUUAGCAUAAUCUCUAUGUAAUCCAAGUGGUUACAUGUACAUCAGGAGUUACUUUGUGUUCAUUUGAACCCAAUACGUUUUGCAUUUGUAUUUGAAAAGACCUUUUACAGAUUGACCAAGGUGUGUUAAAAUGGAGCAUCUUAUAUUCUAAUUAUGGGAGCACUGGCUUCAUACGGCUUUGGGAUGAUUUAAAAUUGAGAAUAAAUCAUUUAGUUUAUUACUUGAAAA